AAGAAGAGGGAAGAUAAAAGGAAAAGGAUCCCCGUAGAGACUUGUUUGGACGACGAGAAAGUAAUGGGUGCGGAAGAGGAAAAUCGAGAAGCAAACCAGAGAUCAAGGCUCAACCCUAGCCCCAAUCCGAUUACGGAGGCUCAGUUCCUCUCCUGGAAACGCCAGAAGGACGAGGAUGCAUCUGCUAGAAGAGCUGAAGCUGCAAGGAAACGUGCAGAGGAUAUAGCUGCAGGCGCACUGCAGAUGAAUGGCAGGGAACUCUUCUUGAACGAACCGUGGGUGUUUGACAAUAGUCGUUAUUGAGGUCAUGUUAAAGCCCGUGAAUCAUAAUUGGCACCAGGGCAGAGAACCAAAGAUGUUUCUGUAAUAGAGCCUUGCAGCUGUAUACAUCCUUCCCAGUUGAAAGCGGCGUCUAAGUAAUGUUAAGUUUGGUUUAUUUAUAUCAAGUCACGUACCUUGGUGUUGUAAAAAAUGGAUCUGAAUAUUAUGACAUCUUUAUUAGAAUAAGACCAGAAUGAUAUAAUCCUUUGUUUUGUUUUU